GGUCUGGGGAAGGAGACAGACUAGAGCUGCUUAUUCUCCUGGAAACCCGGGAGCGACUUGGUGCGCAGACAGCCCUUCCUACUUUGCCUGUGGCUCUUUUGUGUGACUUUGAGAGGGGCUCCCCGGUGACUGAUUCCUCCCCGCGGCGUGCCUGCUGAGGCUCUGGGAGGGAGGACCGGAGUGAGCAGAGCAGUGGCCAGAGGCAGCCAGCACAGACCUCCCUCAACUGCUGGAACUGGCGUGCAGUUUCUGAAGUCAGCAGAAACAGAAAUCAAAUUACUAUCAUCUCCUGCUGCUGGGAGCUCAAGGAGAAGGGGAUUCCACACCGGCUCAGUCACCACCAUGCGACAGGCGAGUCACAGGAUAGCGGACCCUGGCGACAACGAAUGUAAGUUCUUAAGCUGCUGUCUUUUACUGCUGUGGGAUUUUCUCUCUGGUUGAAGUCACGCUUGGCCACGAUGCCGUCAUUGCUGUGAGUAUUUCUGGUGUGGAAAGUUCUCUGCUGCUCUUCGGGAUGCGUUUUCCUUCCGUUAAGCAAGCCACAGACACGAGCUCAAAUUCCUGAUCGCCGCUGCGGCGUUUCUGCCUGAGUCUAAGAAGGGUAACCCAAGUGUAUCCAGUUACUAUGGGAUUAACACUGCAUGGGUUUUUAAUGGAUUUCCUUAAUACAGAGGGCACACAGCCCUCCCUGCCGAUUUCGGAUUGCAUGCUGUUUUAACUUUGUGAUGGCCGAACUCGUGAAAUCAGCACGUUUAACCCGAGAAUUAGCUGAAACAGAUUCCCACCGGUCACAAAACUUUUCUUCCUUAACCAGGAACACGUUUGUGUCCCCAAACGCUCAAAACUGCUUUUUUGCCUCUGCUUCAUUGAGAACUUACAUCUCGACAGUGGACUCUUCCUAGCGCUGUGAAGGGAGGCAGCGUCAAGGGCCAUCACACUUCUGGAACUCUUACUAUGGGAGAGGAAAAAGCAGCCGGAGGAGCCACACAUGGUCUCCACUUCAACGCGUCUUAGAGCCCAGGACAUAAAGAUGAAUGGUGAGCCUGGGCUGUGACUUGCUAGUCUCUCCACACUUCAUCAGCUACAACUUCCGGCUUAGACAUGGAAAUUCUCUGUGAAGACAAUACUUCUCUGAGCUUAAUUCCAAACUCCUUAAUGCAAUUAGAUGGCGACUCGAGGCUCUACCAUCAUGACUUCAGCUCCAGAGACGCGAACAGUUCUGAUGCAUCGAACUGGACAAUUGAUGCUGAAAAUCGAACCAACGUUUCCUGCGAAGGGUACCUCCCACCGACAUGCCUCUCCAUUCUUCAUCUCCAGGAAAAAAACUGGUCUGCUUUACUGACAGCUGUAGUGAUUAUUCUGACCAUUGCUGGAAACAUACUGGUCAUCAUGGCAGUGUCCCUAGAGAAAAAGCUACAGAAUGCCACCAACUAUUUCCUGAUGUCACUUGCCAUAGCUGAUAUGCUGCUGGGCUUCCUUGUCAUGCCUGUGUCCAUGUUAACCAUCUUGUAUGGGUACCGGUGGCCUUUGCCUAGCAAGCUCUGUGCAGUCUGGAUUUACCUGGAUGUACUCUUCUCUACGGCCUCCAUCAUGCACCUCUGUGCCAUCUCACUGGACCGCUACGUCGCCAUCCAGAACCCCAUCCACCAUAGCCGCUUCAACUCCAGAACCAAGGCCUUCCUGAAAAUCAUAGCUGUCUGGACCAUAUCCGUAGGUAUAUCCAUGCCGAUCCCAGUCUUCGGAUUGCAGGAUGAUUCAAAGGUCUUUAAAGAGGGGAGCUGCCUGCUCGCGGAUGACAACUUCGUCCUCAUAGGUUCUUUUGUCGCAUUUUUCAUCCCCUUAACCAUCAUGGUGAUCACCUACUUCCUCACUAUCAAGUCACUUCAGAAAGAAGCUACCUUGUGUGUGAGUGACCUCAGCACUCGGGCCAAAUUAGCCUCCUUCAGCUUCCUCCCUCAGAGUUCUCUGUCAUCCGAAAAGCUCUUCCAGCGGUCCAUCCACAGGGAGCCGGGCUCCUACGCAGGCCGGAGGACGAUGCAGUCCAUCAGCAAUGAGCAAAAAGCAUGCAAGGUGCUGGGCAUCGUGUUCUUUCUGUUUGUGGUCAUGUGGUGCCCCUUCUUCAUCACCAACAUCAUGGCCGUCAUCUGCAAAGAGUCCUGCAAUGAAGACGUCAUCGGAGCCCUGCUCAAUGUCUUUGUCUGGAUUGGUUACCUCUCCUCCGCUGUCAAUCCACUGGUCUAUACACUGUUCAAUAAGACUUACAGGUCUGCCUUCUCACGGUACAUUCAGUGUCAGUACAAGGAAAACAGAAAGCCACUGCAGUUAAUUUUAGUGAACACUAUACCGGCGUUGGCCUACAAGUCUAGUCACCUCCCGGCAGGACAAAAAAAGAACUCACAGGAAGAUGCUGAGCCCACAGGUAACGACUGCUCUGUGGUUACAACCGGUAAUGACUGCUCUGUGGUUACAACCAGUAAUGACUGCUCUAUGGUUACAACCAGUAAUGACUGCUCUAUGGUUACAACCAGUAAUGACUGCUCUAUGGUUACACUAGGAAAACAGCACUCAGAAGAGAGUUAUACAGACAAUAUCAACACCGUGAACGAAAAGGUUAGCUGUGUGUGAUGGACUGGUUGCUGUGAUAACUGCACUGGAACUGGUUGUUACUCUUGUGUGUAGGGGGCGGGGAUAAGGAGGCUGGGACACAUCAGACUACUCCAGUGACUCAACAGUGUCCACAUGCCUCAUUGUGUUCUGUGUGUGGAGAGCCGGGUGUCACAAAAUGUGCACUUGACAAUGUCCUGACAGCAUUUGAGGUAGGAGUGUUGGUUUUUAUCAUUGUCCUUUUAACAUUGUCAAUGAGAUCUUUAAGACCAUUGUCCUUUAUUGUACAAUUAUAAUGAGGCCUAAAAUCAAUCUAAUUUCUAUUAUCAAAUAGAAACCUUGCUGCCAUGCUGUUGAUGGGUGGCAUGGGAGUGAGUUGGUGAGCUAUUAUUGUACAUAAAAAUAGCUAGAAAUACUGAAAAUAAUAAAUAGCCUCUUUUUUAAAAAAUAAAAAGCAUUUAAAAUUCACCAGGAUGCAUAUUUUGAAAAUAAAAAAUAGUAUUAUGAAAUUUGUAUUGCUAAUAUAAUUAAUUGAAAUACUUGACAAUAUUUUUCAUUCUUGCCUUUUCAUAGACACCAUUUUGAAAUGUUCACAAGAUCGCUGGCAUUUGCUGCGUUUGUCAUUUAAUUCUUGGAUGUGGAAGGGUUUUAAAUGUUAUUCAAUGACGCGCUGCUUUCUCUUCUACUUCUUGGGCUUUACCUGAAUUUGCAGUGUGGUCUUGUUUCGUAUCUUUUCUUCUCUGUGAACUAUCAAAGGAUAAUUUCGCUUUUUGAAAUACAGUUCUAGAACUCGCUUCAAAGGAACAGCAUCCUGGAGGUAUUUGGUCACUCACUAUGGAACCACUGCACUGCGCAUGCGCCCUUUUAGCUGCGACCAGUGCGUAGAGUUGACUGUCACAGCUAAAAAAUAAACUCAGGUUUCUCGCUGUUAGCAGUAGUUUCUUAGGCUAUUUCUGUAAAAAAAAAAAAUCAAGUGACUUUCCUAUUGACACUUAAUCAGGUAAAAGUGAUGUUUUCAAAGGGCUGGGGAUGUAGCUCCAGUGAGUGCUCACCUAGCAUUCAGGAAGCCCUCCCUAGCUUGGUUCCCCGGUACUGAGUUAACAGGGCAUGGUGGUGCAUGCCUGUAAUCCCAGCACUUGGGGGGUGCAGGUGAGAGAAUCAGGAAUUCAAAGUCAUUCUCAGCUAUUUAUCAAGUUUGAGGUCAGCGUGGACUGCAUGAAAUACUGUCUCCAAAAAGCAAAUAAAUAAAUAUAGGCUUUUAAAAAAUUGAUACUUUCACAAUAAUGUAUUUAUAUUAUUUAUUAAAAUGGGUUAGUUUGGUUCCACAGUGAUCUACUGACUGUAUCUUAUGAGUGGAACAGUUUCUUAGUUAUUAAGGAUAUAAAAAUAAAUUUGUAAGAUCUUUGCAUUUAAAAAAUGCCAAUCUAAUUGGUUGUUGUCCAAAAGUAUGAACAGAUUUAUUUUGAGAAUCAACCAGUUCAAUUUUUUUCUUACCUGAUUCAGAAAAGAGUUUGUAUCCAAUAUUUUUUUUCUGUUUUUCUCAUUUGCCAAGCAGGCAAGGAAAUGGGAAAAUAUCAAUUGAAUCAAGGAUUUCAACUAAUAUAAACACCUCAUACUGGAUCCAGUUUGUGACUAUUUAAAGCAAUAUUUCUGUUCCUUCUCUCUAAAACUACAUUCAUUUUACACUGAAAGACACUAGCUCCCAACUAAAAAGCAAAUAUCAGUUACCAUGAUGUUUUGUAGACAUGGAUACUACGGACUAACAAAGGUCAGCCACAGUCCACCUUGACACUGUAAUGCCCAAGGGUGAAUUGUGCAUUACUGUUGGAACAGACAAUAGAUACAGGGUAAAAUCUGAAAGAUUUUUUAUUGAAUACAAAGGUGUUUUGCUGUAAGCCUUUGGGAAAUGUUACAGGUUUGGGAAUUAAAAGAAUGUAGAAACCUUUAUUAUGUAAGUUGGAAAUGCAUUAAGGUUUUCCCAAAUGUGUCCUUACAGGUGCUUUGAAUGAUGGUCAUUGCUUCAGACAUAGACUUUAUAGUGUGUCACUAGUACUGAGGUUGUAUUUGAAAGGAGUUAGUCCUUAAUGAUUAGAUCAUAAUGACUGAUAAAAAUAGAAGUGUUAAGAAGUCUGCUCUAAUGUGUUUUGCCUUAGUUUAAAACUCUAUACAUGUCAAUAUGCAUUAAGGAAAAGAUUACAGAUUCUAUCCCAUGAACUUGAUUCAUCAGAAUAAACAUAAAUGCUGCCUGGCAGAUGUCUUUUGACUACACAUAUAUUACCAGUGUGUAUGUGGUUUUUCUCUCUGUAACUAUCUAUUAAAGUGUAUAUAAGAAAAUGUGUACCUGUAUAUAUGUACAGACAUGUUCCCAUGCACUUUAUUCAAUAUUUAUAUAUUUAUAUGGAAGAAGAGCAAGUCAGUGAAAACAUACACUUGUGCAUGUUUGAACCAUGUUGAUCUAAAUGUGAAUUCAUCGUCUAGUAUUCCUAUGACCGUCCAUGACUACCAAAGGAGGUUACUGUGUAACAGAGAUACCCUUUAAAUAAACUGGAAGUUGCUUUAAUUAUAUGGAAAAAUUUUAACACCAUUCUAUCAGGGUGUUGAAAACAAUAGUCUGUGUUCAGUGUAUUAAUCUUAAAUUGAAUGGUAACUUAAGGCCUCUCUUUAGUCUGGGUACUUCCUGACCUCUAUGGCUCUUUAGAUACACUCCUCUCCAAAAUAGGGGGGAAAAUGACCAUCUAAUGAUUUAUGGAUCCAUGAUGAAAGGAUUCAUGUCUAGUCAAUACUACUAAAAGAGUGACAAACUUCACUCUUCUUUAAGUUGAAUGAUAGAUUCUUGUAGAUAUAAGGUACUUAGUGCCAUAGUUAAGGAAGACUCAGUUAAAGCUUCUAUCAUCUAUUUGGCCACAUCGCCAUCUCAUGGUCAGUUUGGGAAAUGCUACCAUAGUCCAAUCAAAUCCUGACUGGGCUGCUUUAGCAAAAGGGUUCUCCUAUUUUGUGCACUGAUAAAAACAUAUUUAUAAAGUGGUGUUAUUCUGUGCCAUAUGUAACAAAUACAGUGGAGAUUUAUUUUAUGUACUGAUUUUAAUCUAUUCUAAAAUAUUUCAAGAGUGAAUGAUUAAUUGCAAAUAAAGUA